AUGCGACGGUAGUUUUGUUGUUUCUUCGGAUCGUGGUGAGACUAAACUCUGAUUGUUAUUUCAAAGAUAAGCACACUUUGGAGAUCAUCAUGGUAAAAGCUGGCCAUCAUUAAUGAUUAAUCUCUACCUGGGAUGUUCUAGUCUGCUGUUAUAUCGGUUACCUCCAUGAUUGGCAAAAGUUUUAGACACACACAACAGAAGUAGCGAACAGCAGAAAAACUGUCAAGAAAGUUCAGGGAAAACAAGUCACAAGACGUUCAAGGGACCAAAUAGGAGGGGAGGACAACGUAGUGGACGAGAGGGCACUGGGGAUGGGGUUGAAGAGCCAAAGGAGAACGUCAUGGUUCACAGCGGCUCUUCUUCCCCAAUGAAAACGACACCAUCUGUGUCACCUCAUCUACCUGUUCCUGCUACAGCGCCUCCUCUGCCAGCGGCACCUCCUCUUGUGCCUCCAUCUGCAGACACUAGAGAACAGAGCAUAACUCAGACCCCUACCAAACUUACCUCCAGCUCAGAUUUGACUCAGCUGUCUACUCCAACUCCUGCUGAUGCUGCAACUCCAGUCAGCUCCAACUCAAACCCAACAUCAGCCUCUACGCAGACACCAACCCCUGCUCAGGCAAUAGUCAAUGGCCGUACAUCUGGUCGAAAGAGGACUCCAAAGUCCUGCGACUGCUGUGGCCCGAACAGCGCGGGACACAAUGUCAGAACUGGCAGCAGAGGGAGGGGAAGGGGGAGGGGGAGAGGGAGGGGGACCAGCCGGGACCUCUUAGACACCCCGAGAAGGAAAGUUGAAGGCCUGCUGACAGGUAUCAAGAAGUAUGAUUUGACAAAUACCCAAUCACAAACCUCUGUAGACCUGCAUAUCUCCCAGCAGGAUGGACCAAUAAGGAACUGUGUUUAUCCCGAGAGAGGAGAUGAGCAGAUGGAGGAGGGGUUGAUUGAUGGGUCAGGAGCUGCUGGUACAGGAGGAAGCAAAUGUGCUGAUACCGGUGAUGUGGAGAAGAGGGGAUUAGAAAUGAAAGUCACGGGAGGACAAAUAGUUCAAGGCAGCAGAGCAGUGACAGGAGCUACAUUAGCAUCGAAAAUAGAGGCAAAAAUUGAAUUAAAAAGUACAAGUGGAUGUGGUGUUGUCAUCAGUUCUACAACAAAUGCCCUAUCAGUGUUAGUGCCAAAGCAGGGAAACAGCGAUGCAGAGACACAGCACUUAGAGCAGACUGACCUCAGCUCAGCUAAAGCUCCAUGUGAGAAUGGAGACAUUAUAAACCUUUCUGAAAAUGGACCCGAAGAGGAUGAGAAGGAUGACAGCAUGACUGUAACUCCAUCAGGAAAUGGACCAUUGUCCAUCUCAGAGCUGUCCGGUUCUGCUUCAAAAUCUGGAAUCGGUCAGAACGUUGACUCUGUGAUGCAGGUAGAUGAGAGCCCAGACAGAACAGACUAUGCAUCGGUAUCGUUGACUCUGUCCAAUGGGAACACGGCCGCACCAAUGGACCACGAUCAUCAAACUACAUCUAUGGAGGUGGAAACAUCCCAUCCAUCUGCAGAUUCUUCUCCUCCCCAUGGGCCUAUAUCAGUGUGCAGCCCUGACCACCCCUGGGCAUUAAGAGACCACAGGCUGUACUGUCAUCAUGGAACCUGGGAGAUGGAGAACAUGGAGAAACCGUCCAGUAUGGACCGGUCACAAGAAACAGAUGAAAUCAUGCAAAACAAAGAAAAGCGGGAGCAACUUAUUGACAUGAUCCACGAUUUUCUCGAGAGCUUUUAUAUCAAGUACGGCAGUUUCAUUCCUCUCAGUGAGAACGAUGUCCUGGAAUACCUGAAGAAGAAAGGAAACUCUGACCUCACCGACACGGGCUUGGACAUCGGAGUGGAGGUGAGUCGGUACAGGGCCGGACUGGCCUCGACUCCUGUCGCGGGUUUCAUGGUGACAUAUAAUAAACACACCCUGAGUCUGGAAGACCUUGGUGCGCUGGAGGAACAGAACUGGCUUAAUGACCAGAUUAUCAACAUGUAUGGAGAACUCAUCAUGGAUGCUACGCAGCAGAAGGUUCAUUUUUUCAACAGUUUUUUCCACAAGCAGCUGGUUGCUAAGGGUUAUGACGGCGUGAAGAGAUGGACUAAAAAAGUCGACCUGUUCUCCAAGUGGCUCUUAUUAAUUCCCAUUCAUUUAGAAAUACACUGGUCUCUUGUCACAGUCGCCAUGGCAACCAAAACCAUCAAUUACUAUGACAGCCAAGGCAUCGUCUUCAGACACACAACAGAUAACAUUAUGAAGUACCUCCAGUCUGAAGCCAGAGAGAAAAAACAAGCUGCUUUCCAGAAAGGCUGGAAGAUUACCAUCAUUAAGGGGAUUCCUCAGCAGAAAAAUGAUAGCGACUGUGGAGUUUUUGUCCUUGAGUACUGCCGGUGUCUGUCUGUGAAGCAGCCUUUGCUCUUCAGUCAAGAAGACAUGCCUCAAAUCCGCAAGAGAAUCUACAAGGAGCUGUGUGACUGUCGCCUCAACGACUGACCGACUGAAUGACGUCCGCCUUCGCUCCGAAUACGAGCUCGGUUACAUGAGACGGUGUGUCCCAGUCUGUCAGACGGCCCGCUUCCUCCACAGCCUGUUACAUAAGCUAAGGCAUCCAGGCCAUGUGCAUCCCAGAAGCCCUUCUGCCUGUUUGACUGACAGCAGAGUGGACGUCCCCUUUCGACCUCUGAGGAUGGGUUCCAUAAGUUUGUAGCGAAGCAGAGUUUUACUUAUUCAAAAUAGCGAAGAACUACUGACGUGGCUCCCUACUGACUGAAAAUGUAGGAUCCACCACCUUCAAGUGUUUGGGUUUCCACUUUGUGAUGACGACACGACACACAAACCUGUCCAGGAGCUUUGUGUUGGACUGAGGAGGCAGCGCUGCACCGGCCUGGACCAACGGGACGGACUUUUCCUUCCAAAUGGAGUGGCCUUACCUCCCAGACGGCCAUUUUUACCCGAAUGACUGUUUUUAUUUGUUUAUUCAAUUCUGGACUGAACAACAGCAUCAUGUUGACAUUGAAGCCUGUUUUUAUUCAUGAAGCUCGGAUGUGCGGUUCAGCGGACCAACCAUUCACUUAAAACUUGAAGGUUUGAGUGGGGUUCAUUCUCUUGGACUACAAAUAUUUGCACGGUUUAGAGGCCUGUCCUUUGAAGAGUCUAGAAUAUCUGAAUGUACUGUUGGUAUUUUCUUCUGGCAGCCUCGCUCGCUGCUGACCUAACGGCACACAGGCUGAUGGCACAUUUUGGCUUUGGCUUGAAACUGGGAAAUCCUUGUUGCAACAAGUGUUUUGAUUCAGUGGUCUGUUUUUUUGUUUUUUGUUUUGUUUUGUUUUUUUCACUCCUUACCCUAAAUGGUUUAUUUCCACACCUUUUUUUCCUGACUCUUUCUAUUUUGGCUGCGAUUACAUCCUGCGAUAUGCACACACAGGUGUUUCUCCUGUGUGUUUUUGUUUUUUUUCACGCCUUACCCUAAAUUGCUUAUUUCUGCACCUUUUAUUUCCCUGAAUCUUUCUAUUUUUGCUGCGAUCACAUCCCGUGGUGUGUGCAUACAAAGGUGUUUUUCCUUUUUUCUUCAACCAAAAGCCAUUAUUUGCUAAUACUUUACCAUCAGAAUCCGAUAACUUGAGGUAGUUUGUCAUGCUGGUUCGUAGAUUUCAUGUUAAGCUGUACAACUGGCUGCUGAUGUGAGGACCAUGUGAUUUGAUUUAAGCCUUGAUGUUUCUCCCAUAAAGAUGGACGUUAUGAGUGCAUUAACACACAUGGAGAAAGUCACCGUUACAGAUUUGCCUCUUAACAGUGAAACAAGUGGACCUCAGCUUUACUGACUAUUGAGUCUGUCCAUCCUUGAGUUUGUUGUUCUAUUAUUCAAUUGUAUUUACAGAUUGUAUUGUACUUCUAUUGGCCUACUACUGUACAUGCUUGCUUUGGCUAAAAACCAGAAUGGUUUCCAGACUGUUUUUAUUGUUGUUAUUAAAAGGACAAACCAUA